CGGCUCGCCAACGGCCAACAAGAUGCCACUGCAGACGAGCUUCGACGAGUUAGCGACGCCCCGCGACCCGCCACCCAUGAUGACCCUGGAGCAGCAGCGACAGAACCAGGAAGGCGACCUUGACGAAAUCCUCGCGGGGGCGAAGCGCAUCAAGAACCACGCGAUAGCUGCGCAGGACGAGGUCGCUGCUCAGGACGUCAUCAUCUCCAACCUUGGACAGACAACGGUCGCUGCCACCGCCGAGCUCACUGCCCAGGCAGAAGUGGCCAAGGCUAUCAACAAGCGCAAGAAGCAGGUCUGCGCCUAUUACAUCAUCAUUGCCAUCUUGACGGUCGCGCUAAUUUUGAUCCUGGUCCUUAUCCCGUAACUUGAAUCCACU